AUGGAUCCUAAUAAUUCUCAAUUCAAUCCAAAUAUGUUAUCUCCUUCUCAGUUACAAGAUUUUAUUAAGUGGUGUAAAGAGAAUCCUCAACCAAACAUCUCCGACGUCCAAACCUCAAACCAAAUUCCUAGUAUAUCAAAUAAUCCAAAUUUAUUUUCCACCGAACCAACCUCUCAACAUUUUCCCAUAUCACAACACUUUCAAAAUACUGAAGAGGAUGUUGCGUAUACUAAUAUCGGUGAACCAACUCAAACAAAUAGUGAUGAAGUUGUUAAACAAAAUAAGCCAAAACGAGGUAGACAAACAAAAGGUACACCAUCAAUUGGCGAUCAAUCUCAUACAAAAAGAACAACAGGCGGUGCUUGGUCUGUAGAAGAAGAUCUUGCGCUACUAGGAGCAUAUAUUGAGUCAGGAGGAGACCAACGCAAAGCUACCGAUCAAACAAGCGAGGAUUUUUGGGAAAAUAUUAUACAAUUGUUCGAAAUGGCUCGAGAAAAUAAUCCCGACUUCCCAAAAAGGACAACGGAUGCUAUACAAAGUCGGUGGAAAAGAAUUAAUAAAGAUGUGACAGCAUUUGUUAGUAAGUAUAGUGAAGCGAAAAUUUGUUGUGGUAGUGGAUCAAAUGCGACUAAUGUAUUGAAUAAAGCUCGUGCAAUUUGGUCACUCUCUGAUAAUGGAAGGAAGUUUCCAUUUGAGCAUUUGUGGGAAGAGAUGGGAAAUUACCCUAGGUGGCAAGAGCCUACAUAUGAAAUUCGUACAGAAAGCGACGGGAGCUCAAAGAGAGCAGAACCAGAACCCUCGCCGGGUGGUACAAUGGCUCGUCCAAAAUUGGCGUGA